AUGGUACCAAAGAAAAAGACUUUAAUGAAAAAUGGGUCAACCUCCACAGUUACCUCUUCUUCAAGCCAGAAAAGUAAGGUAGAAGACACAAAGAAAUCGAAAAAGAUGAAUAACAAUCAACCUCUGGAAACAGAAACUUCCAAAGAAUCAUUUUAUGCAUCACCAUUAUAUGAUUUCCUAUAUCCAUUCAGGCCAGCAGGAAGUCAAUGGAUGACAGAAUACAUUAUAGUCCUAUUUGCCAUCAUAAUUAGAUGUGCUGUUGGGUUAGGACCAUAUUCUGGUUUCAAUACACCCCCAAUGUUUGGAGAUUUUGAAGCUCAAAGACAUUGGAUGGAAAUAACUCAAUAUCUUCCAAUAAGUCAGUGGUAUUGGUUCGAUUUGCAAUAUUGGGGGUUAGAUUAUCCACCAUUAACAGCUUUCCAUUCCUAUUUAUGUGGUAAAAUUGGUUCAUUUUUCCAACCAAAUUGGUUUACUUUGGGCGAUUCAAGAGGUUAUGAAGGGCAAGACUUGAAAACGUUCAUGCGAUUGACCGUACUGGCGAGUGAAUCUCUCUGUUAUAUCCCGGCAGUAGUUUAUUUCACUAAAUGGUUGGGUAAACGUAGAAACCAAUCUCCAAUUGGACAAUUUAUUGCCGUGGCAGCAAUUUUAUUCCAACCCUCCCUGAUAUUAAUUGAUCAUGGUCAUUUCCAAUUUAACUCAGUGAUGUUAGGUUUGACCGUUUACACUUUGAAUAACUUGCUGGAUGAAUUCUAUGCAUUCGCCGCAGUAUGCUUUGUUUUGUCAAUAUGUUUCAAACAAAUGGCUUUGUAUUAUUCUCCAAUCUUUUUCGCUUAUCUGUUAAGUAAAUCGUUGUUCCACCCAAGAUUAUUCAACAUUCCAAGAUUUGCAGCAAUUUCUUUUGCAACCAUAUGUACAUUUGCAUCCAUGUUUGGCCCGAUUUAUUUCUUUGGAGGUGAAAAUGGUGGUAUAACCAAUUUAUUACAAUCUAUUAAAAGAAUCUUCCCCUUCGCAAGAGGUAUAUUUGAAGAUAAAGUGGCAAAUUUUUGGUGCGUCACUAAUGUCAUUUUCAAAUAUAAAGCUAAUUUUACUCAAGAACAAUUACAACUGUAUUCAUUAAUCUUAACAAUUAUUGCAUUUCUACCUGCCAUGCUUGUUAUACUAUUAUAUCCAAGAAAAUAUUUAUUGUUGUACGCAUUAAGUGCCUGUUCCAUGUCCUUUUAUUUAUUCAGUUUUCAAGUUCAUGAAAAGACAAUUUUAAUGCCAUUAUUACCCAUAACAUUACUAUAUACAUCCACAGAUAGAAACGUCUUAUCAAGGGUUAGUUGGAUGAAUAAUAUUGGGUUGUUUACACUUUGGCCACUUUUAAAAAAAGAUGGACUGUCUUUACAAUAUUGGGUUUGCUUAAUCUUGAGUAAUUGGUUAAUUGGGAAUUUCAGUUUCAUUACCCCAAGAUUCUUGCCAAAGGUUUUGACUCCCGGUCCAUCUAUAAUCCAAUUAGGCGAAAAUUAUCGUCGUCCAACACUAUUACCAUCAAAUUGGAUUUGGAAAGUUAUUAUAGUAUUAUCAUAUGUUAUGAUGGGAGUAAUUCACUUUGUCGAUUAUUUCAUUGAACCACCAAGUGCGUACCCUGAUUUGUGGGUCAUUUUGAAUUGUACUCUUGGAUUCGGCUGCUUUGUAUUAUUCUGGUUAUGGAAUUAUUAUAAAUUAUUUUCAAUGACAAAGAAAAACAUACAUCAAUUGUAA